AUGCCGCUGCUUCAGUCUCUCGGGCUGGCACCUGCCACAAAUGCCGUUCGCAAGCUGUUUGGUUGGUUGGGACCCAAGAAAGAAAACGAAAAGGACGGACUGAGGGUCCCGCCAUCCUCUGAUACAGAAUCGAGUUUGGCCCAUCAUUCACCGCAGACCUCGCCUACAGACACCGACACAAACGCGUCAAGACGGCCACAACCCCCACAAGUUACCAUCCCGCAUACCAGCAAUCCAGACAUCAUGGUCGUGGCUGACCCGUGGCUCUCCCAAGAAGACAAGGAGAACCGUCCGCCGGGAAAGGAUGAUGGUUCAGACUUGGUUGGCCCCUUCAAGAAGGUGGCCAUUGAUUCACACGCUCCCGCGAGUGCUGAUGCUGCUGAUACCAAAGACGUCGAGGAGGCGAUUGAAGACCCCGCCGUUUUGGCCGAACGGGCUCACCACCUGCGGUUUAUCGAGGAGGCCCUUGACAUGGCUCGUCUUGCCUUGCGGACAAACGAAACUCCUGUGGGCUGCGUGCUCGUACACAACGGCACCAUUAUCGCGAAAGGCAUGAAUGCCACCAAUGUUACGCGCAACGGCACCCGGCACGCGGAAUUCAUGGCCAUCUCAGCACUCUUAUCCGAACCACGCCGAAAUGGCCCUCGCCAGACGUCACUGAGACCAAAGGACCUCCCCAGGCGGUUGCCCAAGACGCCUGACGAUGCUUCCGAUGCAAGCUCGGUUGAGUCAAGGCGCCCAGACGAGGGCAACGAAGACGGGAAGAAGGGCCAUCUAUAUCCAUACGGACAGAAAAUCCAUCCUGGAGACAGGGUUAGCCGCGAGAUCAUUCGUGAAUGCAUUCUCUACGUCACUGUCGAACCUUGUGUGAUGUGCGCAUCUCUCCUUCGUCAGCUGGGUAUCAAAAAGGUGUAUUUUGGGGCCGUCAAUGACAAAUUUGGUGGCACUGGAGGUGUCUUUAGUAUUCAUGCCAACUCUCUCCCUGUCAGGGAGGACGGGCAAACCGCGAGCGCACAUCCUACUCCUCGGCCAUCGCAGCUUCCGGAUGGCAGUGGAACAUUAGGGACGUCGUACCCACCCGGCGGAGGAGACGGUGGCAAUGUAGAAGAGGGAUAUGAGAUUGAGGGGGGUUGGGGUCGCGAUGAAGCCGUCGGGCUCUUGAGACGAUUUUACGUCCAGGAGAAUGGACGAGCUCCCGUACCUAGAAAGAAGGAGGGAAGGGCGGCUCGACUAGCAGCGAUGAUGGAAAAGGAUGAUGAGGCUGGUGUUGACGGUCCCACCGUCGAUGGGGGCCAAGAACAGGAUGCAGGGCUCCAGCAGGAGGACGCUGUGGACGCAAGCCAUGACCCAAACAUGGCCGCGAAUGGCUCGCCGGAAACACAAGUCGAUUCGGCUUGGGUGGUUGCAUGA